AGGACGCAGGGAACUAAAUUGGAGUUUGGCGGCUGGGUCUUUGGGGAUGUGUUUGGGGCCGGAUUCUCGGCCCAGCCAUGGAUGAUGGUGUCUCCCGCAUCCAGCGGCGGGUGUCUGUCCGCAAAAGGAACCGCACUAGUGUAUCGGGCACCGAGGCCGCCCCCGCCGCGCCCCCGGCCCUGCCGCGCGAGGGGGAGGAGGAAGCGGAGGAGGAGGAAGAGGAGGACGGGACCGUUGGGGACCGCCGGCGGAAAACCCUGGGUGUGCAAGCUGUGGAGCCAAUCGACAGUGAAGAGGACAUGUUUGGUGGCAAUGAUAGUUUUGUAGACAACUCCUUUGUAGUCCAACUUGAUUAUAUGGAACAGAAAUACAUGAAGUUUCCUGAAAACAGGAAUCAUGCUACAGACUUUUCCACUGAAGAUCUUUGUUCAGAAAGUGCCAAAAAUAAACUCAGCAUACCAACAGAAAGCAACUUUACUGAAUAUAAAACAGAAAGACAUAGUGAAGGUGAAGAUGUCCCUGUUGAGCCUAGCAAUGAUCUUUUAUAUGAUAUGCCUUCUUCUCAAAUUUUAUACUUUGAAAAUUUGUGGAACUCUUCAAAUUAUUUGGGUGCUCCAUCUACUAAAGAAAGGGAUAGGAACUCAUCCUCCAACAAUACUAUGAAUGAAGAAUUGCCCCCUGGUCAUAUAAAGGAACCCCAGCAAAACAAUGAAUUAUCUUCAGAGGUCAGAACGAGCUCAGAUAUGAGUAGGAGAAAAAGUAUUAAAGAUCAUCUGAAGAGUGCCAUGACUGGAAACGCCACAGUCCAAACACCAAUAUUUUCUAAGAGUAAACAGCUCAAAGAGGCUCUCCUAUCUGAAGAAAUUAAUGUUGCUACGAAAACAAUUGAAUCAUCAUCAUAUGAUCUUGGUCCUUUUUAUUCAUUACCCAGCAAAGUGAGAGACCUUUAUGUUCAGUUCAGAGGAAUUGAAAAAUUAUAUGAAUGGCAACAUACUUGCUUAACACUGAGUUCUGUGCAAGAAAGAAAAAAUUUAAUAUAUUCUUUGCCAACUAGUGGUGGAAAAACUCUUGUAGCUGAGAUUUUAAUGCUACAAGAACUACUUUGUCGGAGGAAAGAUGUCUUAAUGAUCCUUCCAUAUGUGGCAAUUGUCCAAGAAAAGAUUUCAAGUUUGUCAAGUUUUGGUAUAGAACUUGGUUUCUUUGUUGAAGAAUAUGCUGGAAGCAAAGGAAGAUUUCCUCCAACAAAAAGAAGGGAAAAAAAAUCCCUGUAUAUUGCCACCAUUGAGAAAAGUCAUAGCCUGGUGAACUCCUUGAUUGAAACUGGAAGGAUUGGUAAUUUGGGCCUGGUUGUUGUAGAUGAGUUGCACAUGAUUGGCGAAGGGAGCCGUGGUGCCAUCCUGGAAAUGACCCUGGCAAAAAUCCUCUAUACUAGCAAAACAACUCAGAUUAUUGGUAUGAGUGCAACAUUAAACAACGUUGAAGACUUAAAAAAAUUCCUUCAAGCAGAAUAUUUCAGCAGUCACUUUAGACCAGUUGAAUUAAAAGAAUAUCUGAAAAUCAAUGAUACAAUAUAUGAGGUUGACAGCAAAGCUGAGAAUGUUAUGACUUUUUCACGUCUCCUUAAUUAUAAGUAUUCUGAUACCCUCAAAAAGAUGGAUCCUGAUCACUUGGUAGCAUUGGUGUCAGAAGUUAUUCCCAAUUAUUCCUGCUUAGUUUUUUGUCCCAGUAAGAAGAAUUGUGAAAAUGUAGCAGAAAUGUUAUGCAAAUUUUUAAGCAAGGCACAUCUGAAACACAGGGAGAAAGAAAAAUGUGAUGUGAUUAAGAACUUGAGGAAUGCCAGCAAUGGCAACCUGUGUCCAGUCUUAAAGCACACUAUCCCAUAUGGAGUUGCCUACCACCACAGUGGCUUAACAAAUGAGGAAAGAAAGCUCUUGGAGGAGGCCUACUCCACAGGGGUUCUCUGCCUUUUUACCUGCACAUCCACUCUGGCAGCAGGAGUCAACCUACCAGCUCGAAGAGUUAUUUUACGAGCUCCCUAUGUUGCUAAGGAAUUUUUAAAGAGGAAUCAAUAUAAACAGAUGAUUGGCAGAGCUGGUCGUGCUGGAAUAGAUACUAUUGGGGAAAGUAUCCUUAUAAUGCAAGAAAAAGACAAGCAGCAGGUCUUGGAACUAAUAAGCAAGCCAUUAGAAAACUGUUAUAGUCAUCUUGUUCAAGAAUUCAACAAAGGAAUCCAAAGUUUGUUUCUCUCUUUGAUUGGUUUGAAGAUUGCAACAAAUCUCAGUGAUAUAUAUCAGUUUAUGAAUGGCACAUUGUUUGGUGUUCAGCAAAAGAUUUUAUUGAAAGACAAAAGUCUCUGGGAAGUAACUAUUGAAUCACUUAGAUACCUAACAGAGAAAGGACUUCUACAAAGAGAGACUGUUUGUAAUUCUGAAGAAGAGUUACAAUGUAAUUUUCAUAUUACAAAAUUGGGAAGAGCUUCUUUUAAGGGAACUAUAGAUUUGGCUUAUUGUGACAUUCUCUACAGAGAUUUGAAGAAAGGUCUUGAAGGACUUGUGCUUGAAAGCCUUCUUCAUCUAAUCUACCUAACAACUCCCUAUGAUCUGGUUUCUCAGUGUGACCCAAAUUGGAUGAUAUACUUCAGGCAGUUUAAUCAACUCACACCUGCAGAACAAAAUGUAACUUCUCUUCUUGGGGUUUCUGAAAGCUUUAUUGGGAAGAAAGCAGCAGGUCAAGCCAUCAGGAAGAAGGUGGACAAGGAUAUUGUCAACAGACUCUACCUAUCGUUUGUUCUUUAUACCUUGCUCAAGGACACUAACAUUUGGAGUGUGUCUGAAAAAUUUAAUAUGCCCAGAGGAUACAUACAAAGCCUGCUUAUUGGAGCUGCCUCCUUCUCCUCCUGUGUGUUACACUUCUGUGAGGAACUUGAAGAGUUCUGGGUUUAUAAAGCCCUUUUGGUAGAACUUACCAAGAAACUGACAUAUUGUGUAAAGGCAGAGCUAAUCCCUCUUAUGGAAGUGACUGGAAUCUUAGAGGGUCGGGCAAAACAGCUGUACAAUGCAGGUUACAAAACUCUAAUGCACUUAGCUAAUGCAAAUCCAGAAGUAUUAAUAAAGACCAUUGAUCACUUAUCAAGGCGCCAGGCUAAGCAAAUUGUUUCAUCAGCAAAGAUGCUGUUGCAUGAAAAAGCUGAGGCUUUGCAAGAAGAAGUAGAAGAAUUACUGAGGCUGCCCUCUGAUUUCCCUGUUGUGGCCCCUUCUAUUGAAGAGGAAUGAAGUUCUGUGAUGCACAUUUUCAAAUCUAAAUUAUUUAUUAUAUACAUAUUUUAUUAAAGAAUCCUUAAAAUUUAUAAAUGACAAAUAUAUCUUAAUUA